AUGAAAUAUCUCUUCUCUCCCAGGAACCGUUUCUCUACCUGGAGACAGCUGUGGCUCUGGCUCGCCGAGGCCGAGAAAGGUAAACCAUACUGCCCAUUGUCGUGCUUUUGUCACCCCGUUUCCGUUGCCCGACUAACCCGCACAGAGCUCGGUUUGCCGAUCUCCGACGAAGCCAUUGAGCAGAUGAAGGCCCAUCUCACUAUUCAGGACGAAGAAUUCAAGGUUGCCGCUGAGGAGGAGAAGCGUCGUAGACACGAUGUCAUGGCUCACGUUCACGCCUAUGGCCAGGUCGCUCCUGCCGCUGCCGGAAUCAUCCACUGGGGCGCCACCUCCUGCUACUGCACCGACAACGCAGACUUGAUUUUCCUUCGUGACGGACUCGACAUCCUCAUCCCCAAGCUUGCUGUCGUCAUUGACAAGCUGUCUGCCUUCGCUAAGCAGUACAAGGACCUGCCCUGCCUGGGUUUCACCCACGGACAGCCCGCUCAGCUUGUUACCGUCGGAAAGCGUGCCUCCCUGUGGAUCCAGGACUUGCUCAUGGACCUGAAGAAUCUCGAGCGGGCUCGCGAUGACCUGCGCUUCCGUGGUGUCAAGGGCACCACCGGUACUCAGGCCUCUUUCCUCCAGAUCUUCGAGGGCAACCAUGACAAGGUUGAGCAGUUGGAUGAGCUGGUCACCGAGAAGGCCGGUUUCAAGUCUGCGUACAUCAUCUCCGCCCAGACCUACUCUCGUAAGAUUGAUGUCGAUGUUGGCAAUGCCCUCGGCUCUUUCGGCUCUACCUGCGAGCGCAUUGGCAUUGACAUCCGUCACUUGGCCAUGCUGAAGGAGGUUGAGGAGCCUUUCGAGAAGGACCAGAUUGGUAGCAGUGCUAUGGCUUACAAGCGUAACCCCAUGCGGUCCGAGCGUCUGUGCUCUCUCGGAAGACACCUUCAGAACCUCCCCAAGGAUGCUCUGGACACGUACUCCGCUCAGUGGUUCGAGCGCUCUCUCGAUGACAGUGCUAUCCGCCGUAUCAGCAUCCCCGAACUCUUCCUUUCGGCCGAUGCCUGUCUCAUCCUUUUGAACAACGUCACCUCAGGCUUUGUUGUUUACCCUGAAGUCAUCAGACGCCAUGUCAACGAUGAGCUGCCCUUCAUGGCCACGUAA